AUGAUUGUUGGAGUUUGUUUCUUAGUGAUUGGUUAUGUGCUUUACAAUCAUAAAAAGGCUACCACGGAGAAAAGUCAACCAGAAAUACAAAAACAUGGAGAUGUGUGCUCGAUAUUGAAUUAUGAUGGGACACUUGCGUUCGAAGAUUUCAUCAAGGCAACAGAGGACUUCCACCUCAAAUACUGCAUUGGAACCGGUGGCUAUGGAAGUCUUUAUGAAGCAAAACUGCCUAACGGUAAAACAUUUGCUUUGAAGAAACUCCAUCGGUUUCAUGCCAAGCAACCAACAUUUGACAAGAGUUUCAAGAACGAGAUCCAAGUCUUAACCAACCUAAGGCACAAAAACAUUGUGAAACUCUAUGGUUUUUGUUUGCAUAACCAAUGCAAUUUCCUUGUAUAUGAAUACAUGGAAAAAGGAAGCCUAUUUUGCGCAUUGAGUAACAACGAAUUCGUUGUCAUGUUGGAAUGGAAGACGAGGGUAAAAAUUAUCAAACAGGUAGCUCAUGCUUUGUCAUACAUGAAUCAUGACUGCUUCCCAACCAUCAUUCAUCGAGACAUAUCAAGCAACAACAUUCUCUUGAAUAAAGAAAUGGAAGGAUUUUUUUCCAACUUUGGAGCAACUAGAUUGCUCAACUCUGAUUCCUCUAACCAAACCAUUGUCGUAGGACCUUUGGGAUACAUUGCUCCAGAACUUGCAUACAACAUCAUUGUGAACGAAAAAAGUGAUGUGUACAGCUUUGGAGUGCUUGCACUUGAAACACUUGGAGGGAAGCAUCCCAGAGAGCUUCUGUCAACCAUCAACUAUUCUAACGGGAAAGGUGCAACGUUGGAAAGCAUAUUUGACAAACGACUCCCUUAUCCAACUGACGACAAACUGAUUGAAAUGUAA